UAGCAACGAUUCAGUCAAACGCUAAAACAGCACUAAACAGCACUCACACAAUGUUUCGGGAUUUUUACGCGGAACAGAAGAUGACUGACCCCAGAGACAACUGGUACAAACCAAACCUGCUUUACAAUAUUCAUUACAGACCACAAAAGCCACCAACACCACCAAAGAUGAUGGUUGUCACAAAGGAGUUCAACCAAAGUGUGUGUACUUGUAGUGAACACAGCUGUGGCCCGCAAUAUAGAAUGGAAAGAGAAGUUGUUUGGUCAAAUAAAGAAAUGAAAACAGAGGAAGGCGAACGGAUAAAGCAAAAGAUUUUCGACCACAGAGAAGUCAUGCAAAAAACAAAAUACGACGACAAAAGUGAAGAAGACGACAACAUUGAUGAUGAUAGUGCUGAUAAUGAUCAGAACGAUGAAGUAUUGGAAUUCAACACAUCCUCUGAAAAGAAUGUAGAUAAUAUUAAAGGUAAGGUCAAUGGAAUGAAUGAUCAAAACGUUCGAACCAUUGGCGUUUUCCUUACGACCGGAAAGCAUUGUGAGGAUGGAUUUGAAGCAUAUAUUGAAACACAAAGAGAUCAUUUGCGUCAAAAACGUGACGAUACUGUUCAGGGAAUAUCAGAAUUAGAGCAACGGAAUAAUGUCCUUAUGUCAAAAAUGGUGGGACAAGAAAGAAAACAAAAUGACAGUGAUAAUAUGAGAGAGUUUGAGGAAGCCCGACAUGUAAUAAAUCAUGUAGAGAUAGGUAUACGGAACGAAUUAAAGAAUGAUGAGCAGAUGAAACAGGAAGAAAUUCAAAAGAAUGAUAUGUUACGAUGUGAGUUCAGUCAAAGUUCAUCAGACAACAGUCAAUAUGACGACAACACCGGUGCGGGCAGUAAUUCAAGUAGAGAGGAGAUAAACGAAAAGAAAUUCGGAAAGAACAUGAACGAUGCCGACAUUGAAGAGAACAGUCAUACCAGUUUGCUCAAGUUUGACGACCUUGCGAAGCCAGAAACAUCUGACAUUGAUAUUUCUGACGUAAAAGAACCUCCCAUUAACCAUAAUGGAAACAUUGAAGAAUAUGGUUCCGCUUUUGGUAUCAUGAGGGUAUACUGCGAAAGUGAGCUGCAUAUUUCAUGGGACAGAAAGAAUGAGUUCCACGGUCAUUGAAUAAGGGAGUGUCAUUCUGAAUUGUUGUUGUUUAUUAUUAUUAUUGCAUUAUCAAUACCUGGUUUAAUAAAAACAUGCAUAUUUUGUUAAGUAAGUAAAUAUGCAAUUUUGUUUACUGUUUAUUUUUUUUUUAUUUUCCCUGCAACCUUCUUCGAGGUCUGUCUAAUCCUAACAACGACAAAGAUGGGCCAGUUACAUGAAAAUCUUAGUCAGCAGCUUGAUAAUUAAAGACUCACAUUUUUGGCAUUUGUGUAUACGAUAGCAAUAAUUAUGUAAUCAAAGAAGACCAUGAAUAUAUCUAGCUUGAUAUAAUUUCAAAAACUUUUGG